AUGAAAACAUUUGGUUUACAUCCAAUAAUAUAUUGGACAGCAAGAUUUUUUUUUGAUUUUAUUUUAACUAUAUUUUAUUCAUAUUAUCUUUUAUUUAUUUAUUCAUUAAAUGAUCAAUUAAAUCAAUUAAAUAAAAAUAAAUUUCAACAAAUUCUUUAUAAUCAAAAUAUUCAAAUUAAAUUUUUCUUUUAUUCAAUUACUUUUAUUAUAUCUGCUUCAACAUUACCUUUUAUUUAUCUUCUAACAAAAAUAAUGAAAAAUGAUAUAAUUGCUGGUUUAUUUAUAUUAUUAUUGUUAAUAUUAAUUGAAAUAUUUGAUUUAAUUCGUAUAAUAAUAAUAAUAAUGAUGAAAUAUUCAAUAAAAUUCAAUAAAUAUUAUUGGUUAUUAAAUAUAAUAUUUCCCUCAUUAAAUGGAAAACGUUUAAUUGGAAUAUUAUUAAUGAAUUUAUCAAAAAAUCUUUGUUAUUUAGUUGAAAAUGAUAAACAUAUAUUAUCUAAAAUGGGUUUAUAUAAAGAAAUAAAUAAAAAUGAUUUAUUAAAACAUAUAUUUAUUAGUUUAAUUCAAAUAAUAUUAUUAUUUAUAAUAUUAUUAUUAAUUGAUAUAAAUAUAUUUGAAAAUAAAAUAAUUAAUAAAAAAGAUAAUGAUGAUGAUUAUUUCAAUGAAGAUGAACUUGAUGAUGAUGUUUUAGAAGAAAGAAUUAAAUUAAAAUCUCUAAUUGAUUUCUCAUUAUAUCCAAUUGUUUUAUUUGAUAUUAUUAAAAAAUAUCGAAAUCAACAAUAUCCAGCUAUAAAUCAUCUUUCUUUUUCUAUUCAACAAGGAGAAUGUUUUGCUCUUAUUGGUUUUAAUGGAGCUGGUUUAAUAAUUUUUUGUCUUUUUUUAUUUGAUUANACCAAGACAUGA